AUGGCCCACACAGAAUGCAAAAAACCUAUACAAGCUGCCAAAACAGCCAGCUCCCACGGGAGUUUCACUCCUGAGUCAGCUGCCAGGAGCCAGACCAAGCUUGCUGGACUCAAGGCUGCUCCUCUGGCCGGCCUGCUCCAAAGCUUUUCCACAGGCUACAAUGGGAUUACAGAAAAUAAAAGCUACACCUGGGAAGGUCUAAGAAUGAGAGAGGUUCCUAUGACUAUUGUCACAACAGAAGUCCUCAAUUUCAGCUUGAAUGUGGUCCCUUCCCUCCAGAACUCAAGCUCUGACCUGAAUUCUCUUCUCUACUUGGAUGUAACAAAGUGUCACAUCAGCUGGGUGUAUGACGGUGCCUUUCCCAGCAACAGGCAGCUGAAGACAGUCAUUCUGACCAGAAACCUGCUCAUGUUUCUGUCUGACACAGCAUUGGCCCGCGUUCCCUGGAGCAUCUUAACACAGACAGGAAUAACAAGUAUGUUUUUUAUUCCAGUGAAUCUUGGCAGCUCAGGUAUCUUCAUCUUGGGCAGCAACCACAUCUCUUCACUGCAGCUUCCUCCCAACUUUCCCAUGCGAAACCUCAUACUCGAUUGUCAAACUAACAACGUACAAGCAAUCACAGCAGAAGAUGUCCAAGCUCCACAGAAAACCAGCAAUAUAACUCUCAUCCUUAAAGGCAAUAACAUGACAUACAUUGAACCUGGAUCUUUUCAGUCACGUUUCUAUAGUUUGGAUUUAGUGGGCUGUGCUGACAUCCCUGGGGUCCUGGUGGGGAUACAGAACUCCACAGCCCAGACCUUUUCUGGAACAUUUUAUGGUGUGGAAAAGGAGCCCUACAUAAGUUCAGAUGUUUUACAAGGCCUCUGGAGUAUCUCUGUCAAGGAUCUCUAUCUGCAGUUAUGGCACCUCAGAAAUCUAAAUGCUGACACAUUUCAGAGCUUAACCAGGCUCCAAAAGCUGGACCUAACCCAAACCCACAUCCAUGCACUGCCCCCUGGCAUCAGUGGCAUGAGCUUGCUAGAGGAGAUGGUUCUCAAUGCAAACUGCUUUGACAACACCAGCUCUGCUGCCUUCCCCUCCCUCACCCGCCUCCACAUCAAGGGUAACUCACAGGUUCUGCAGCCAGGCUCUGGCUAUUUGGAGAAACUGGCAAAGCUUCAACAUCUAGGUUUAAGUCAGAGUCACUUUGAAAGUUCUGAUACUCCAGCAAAGAGUGAGAGCUCUGAGCUUUGUUACCUGACUCUGAGCCACAACACACACCUCCAUCUCCAGGACAUGCUCAUUUAGGACAGUGCUAACCUAGAGCUGCUGGACCUACCCUUCACUCCUCUCUAUAUCAACACCUUACAGAGCCCUUUCUAAAAUCUCCAUCUCUAGCAAGUGCUGGAUGAUCUUUCCUCAUCCCACAUUAAUACUAGCAUUCAGCAUGUCUUUCAAGGCUUGAAAAACCUCAUGUUCUUGGACCUUAGUCAAAAUAACUUUGAUUUGGGCAUCAUGUCAAAGGACAAACUGUUCCAACAACUAUCCAAUUUAGAGGUGCUAAUAUUACCAUCCUGUGGACUAACAUCAAUAGGUAACCAAGUAUUUCACAACCUCAGGAAGCUACAGCAUGUUGAUCUGAAUUACAACAAAUGUACUGCAUUCAGCACAGAUGCAUUUUCAAACCUCAGGAGUAUCAAUAUCAAUUGUGUCCAUAACAGGAUGCACAUUGUACCAGGUGUCCAGCUAGUGCUCCUAGAUGGCCACUUUGUAAUCAAUUUACGCUACGACCUUCUGGACUGCUCCUGCUCUAAGACUGAUUUAAUCACCUAGUACAGGCAACAUCUGGAUAAAACUGAAGACCCUGAAGGAACAAGGCACUCUGAACACAAAUUUCUAGCUGUUCAGCUGGCCACCAUCUUACUCUCCUGUGGGAAGGACACAUCAGGAGUCAUUGCAGUUGUCCUGGCUGUUUAAUCCUGUAGUGCACACAUUUGGAGUGUUCACCAUUUCAAGCAAAAUUACCAGCAACUGUAA